CUCGGGGGGACAGGACAGAAGAUGCACGAGCUGUAAGAAAGAGAUGGAGAUGGAUCUUCUGACCUCACCUAGAAUUUACAUUGCUUUCAGAAUGGAAAUAGGAACCCCUCCAAGAAUUGGAGCCGUGUGGGCGCUUCUCCCUGCCUUGUCCUGACCACCAAGAGCUGCAUUUCUGACGGGGCCACUUCUGGGGCACAGCCUGGCUCCUGGGGACGAGGUGCCCUGCUCCCUGAGGGAACGGGAUCGGGAUGGGCAGCACCACGCUGGGGCGGGAGCGGCUGCAGCCGGCAGAAACCUCCCAGGAAGGAGGAGAAGCGGCAGCAGGGGCAGAGAGGAGCGGCCAGAGAGGAGACGUGAGCCUGGAGCCAGCCCAGCCUCGGCACUGCCCUCCAGAGCAGAGCGUCAGCCGUCCAGCUCCUCGCGAGCAAUAACCUGACUCGGAAUUAGUAUUUUUUUCAUACAGCAAUUUUGAGACUUUUCUCCUCGACGGAUGCUGCUGCACCACCCCGUGGAGCUGCUGGGGAUGCUCCUGGCAGGUAAAUGGGGGUUUGAUGCCACCCAGUGGGCUCCAGUCCGAAUCCUCACUUGGGGCACACCAGCACAGGUGUAAGCUGUUGUGCAAUUAUGCAUAGGGAUCGCUGGUCUAUACAGGUGAGGCUUUUUAAAAUGGGGCUAAAUGCUCUUCUUGAGCAGGGAAGAGUGUUUCUGUUUUGCUGUCCAAAGGCAGAGGAAAUAGAGGGAGCCCAGGAGCAUGGCACUGAGGCUGAAAGUUUUCUGCAGGUAGGUUUAUACUGAGGUCAAUAUAUGUGGCAACACAACAUUUAUUGCAGCCAUGGGAAUAAUCUCACUGUGAUCUUUACAUGUGGACUGGCUGGCUUGAAGAACAAACAUACAAAGGUUUUCAGGCUGAGCUUCUAAAAUGGGGAAAAAAACCACCUGCUAAGGUAUAUGCAGUUGUCCAGGUGUCAUAGUGUUAGUGAGUGCUGAGCACCAACAGGAUGAGCUCAGGAUACUAAUGUUGUAAAAAGAUGUUUGUCAUGAAGUAUUUUCUCUUAUUUCAUGUUAAUGAUACCAUGUGAAGAGUGCCCUUCUAGAGUAAGGGGACUUUCUGUUAUAAACUCAUUUAUUCUCCUUGCACACAACUCUCAGAUGAUGAAGGCACAAAAUAAAACCUGAUGGCUGUUUGUAUAGGUUACCACCAUGAGAACUGGAAAAACCAUCAGCUGGGUUCGUUUUGUUUGCCUUGUUACGGCUGAUUUCUAUCCUGUGCUGCAAAAUCGCUAAGGGAAAUAGCAAGCUUGCUCGGGAAGGAUGGAUUUCAGGAGGGUUUGCAGUGUGAAUGCACAGCGACAGCCUUUGUCGGGGCAGGAACUGAGACAUGGCAGAGGGAGAAGAGGAAGCGCAGCCUGCACUGCCUGCUGGGUCUCUGCUGCUGCUCCCCACCUCUGCCAGGGUGCUCGGGGUCAGCCUGGCCGUCCUGCUGAGGGGAAGAAGACCUCGAACACAAAUCCUGGAGCCUCCAUCAGCAGAGGCACAGGUGUGUUUGCUGUGCUAGGAGUGCAAUUCAUUGGGUUUGUGCCUGGCUAAUAAGUAUCCUUUCUUUCAUGACUGUUACUGUUUCUAGGUAAACAAAUGCCAUGCCUCUCAUUUCCUCUGCCCAAGGUGCCUCCUUCCUCUAAACUAUUUACCCUCAUCUUCUUUAUUUGUUUGUUUCUGAGGGCUCCAUUUUACAAGCCAUGAUUUUAGCAGUUAUUUCUGCCUGGCUUUCCCUGAAAACUUCUUAUUCUGUUUGGUCUGGGAGAUGCGACCCCUUAAAGUCUUCAGAGCCUCAUGAAAAACGCAUAAAUUGCCAUGCAUUUUGGAAAAGCAGCUCUUUCCCUCUCAGGUGGGAGUGAAUAGAUGCUUUCAGCUUCCAUCUAGAUCAGGAAUUGGGAUGGAGGUGCUUGAUAAGUGCCUUGUGAGCACAGCCUGGUAGGAAAGGCCAUCCUAAGACAUAAAACUUGAGUAGAAGAGGUCUCAGCCCUGCAGCCUUUCUCAGAGCAUCCAAUAUAAGCUCCAGAUAGGAUAACACACUGCCUAAUGGCAAUGGUUUGUGAGACAAGAUGACCAGAUGCCACCUGUGUGUCCUUGGCACAGGCUGCUGGUGCCUUUGAAACAGGCUGUGGAAGUGGAGAGAGCCCUGCAGAGAAGAGUGGCCAUGGUGGGUUCCUCAGUGCUGCUUGCGGGGCCGCUGAACAUCACACUCAUCCGCUCCAUACAGUGGGAGCACCUCAAUGGCACUGCUUCCUGCACCAUCCUGCAGUAUGAGAGGCACAACCUGACCGUCCACGUGCCCUACAUUGCACGAGCCCGUCUGCAUGCAUCCAAUGGAUCCCUCCUCCUGGAGGACCUCCAGGAAAGUGACAGUGGCAUCUACAGAGUGACUGUCAACCGGGCUGAAAGGGAGAGCUUGACAGUUUUGCUGGAUGUCCUCAAGCCCGUGUCUCACCCCCAGCUCCGGAGCAGUGGCCUGGUGGCCAAGGCCAGCGGUGAGGUACUGUGUGAGGUGGCGGAGGGCAGGGCAGACACGUUCACCUGGAAGAAGGAUGGGCAGAUGCUUCCCCCAGACAGAAGUUACCACCUCUCCGGCAGCCUCAGUGUUUUGCACCUGAGGACAGCAAUGAAGUCGGACUGUGGCUCCUACUCCUGCAAUGCCAGCAAUGGGAUAAGCUGGCAGGAGGCCUCCCUGAACGUCACUGUUGCAGGUCUCUCCCCUGCCUUGCAGGAUGUGCUGAGGAUUUCAGUGGUCGCUGUGGUCUUUGCUGCUGUCUCAGGAUGGGGCAUAAUUUUUCCCGUCUGCCAGUCUGAAAAGCUAAGAAUAAGGGGAGAGCUGUGGAGGUGGCUCAGUGCCUACACCUGCGGGCUAGUGUGCAUCUCCUCCAUCCUGGCUGGCACCGCCGGGCUCCUCUGGAUGCGAGAAGAAGGCCCAUCCAUUGCUGUCAUACUGCCUGAGAUUGUCCUUUUGUAUGUGAUCGUGAUCACCUUCCUAGUGGCCUCUACUGUGACAUUCCAGCCGACAAAGCUCAUCCAGCUCAAAAGCACAACAGAUCUCAUCACCCACGUGCCAAUUCACGCUGGCAGCCCCUGCCCACCUGUGGGAGCACACGUUGACGUUUCUUUCUUGCCCUUCCCGUGGCCAGCACAGCGCACGAUGGGCUACGCUGCUCCUGGAGGGGUGCUCUUGGUGGUGGUGACGAGCAGCUUCCACAUGAAGAACAUCCACCAACGCCAUGAAGAAGGCUGCACGGCAUUUGUGGAUGUCACCACCCUUGUGGUCAGCACGGCCGCAGUGCUGGCCCUGCCACUCCUCGCCAUCUUCCUCUGCUAUCACACAACACAGGGAUGGCUGCAGGAACAUGACUCCAGUUGUGCAGACAAGGAAAGGUCCUUUGAGAUGUCCCUGCCCAUCAGCAAGGAUCCUGGCUUCACCUCCUAGACGUAGGGGACGUUUCCUGCGUGGCUGACUCAACGUGUUAGUGGCUCUCAGUUUCAUAGGCAUCUUGGAGUCUGGUUUUAAAACUAGUUACAAGCAUCUCCCUCACUAGUUUAUGGCAUUAAGGAGGCUGUGUGUGUUUCUGAGUGUGUGUAGGUAAGCAACCAUCCCCACCCCCGCUGUUUCCUGCUGCCACAUGAGGCCAUACUUUAGUGCUUUCUCUCUACGUGCAGAUGACUUCAGGGUGCUUUGCAAGGCAGGUUCAGGCUCUUCUCCCCCUUAUCCACAGCUCUGUGUGCUCCCUGAGCACCCCCUGCAGACCUUUGCAAAUGAGAUGGCAUCUCCUAAGGACUGCCUUUCUCCUCACCCAGCAGCAUCCAUGCCUGCAGCAACCUUCAUGUACUUUAAAACUAUUUGCUUAAAUGCAAAUCGCUCUGAAGGAGCACUGCAGGUGUCACUGGCUGUUGACAAGGGCUCCUUUGUUCCCUGCUGGGUUUUUCUGCACAGAGGGGAAAAUAAGGGAUGUUUUGGGGUGUGGUGUGCAGGCCAAGAUGUGAGCGUUGCCUGCACAGAGGAUUUCCUGCCCCCACUGCAGCAUGGGGGAGGGGAGGUCUGGCUCCAGGCAACCAACAGUAAUCUGGAUGCUCUUUGACUUCAUUUUCCUGCUUCUCCUCUUUGUUACUCCUGCCUGAAAUUCAGGCAUCUCAUCUAGCUCUCACUUUACCCCCCCACACCCAUUGGUUUCCUCUUGCAUUGACUUCAGCAGGGGCUGUAUUUCAGAGCUCAGCAAGUUUAAGCAGUGUUAAACAGGGAGUGCACAGAGGUUGUUACAGCCUUCAGCAGCACUUCAAUGAACAAAGCAAAGAGCGCAUGGACCUAGCUCCUGUCUAAUUGGCUUUUAGGCAAGAUGCUCCCAUCCCAUCAGGAUCCCAAUUUGAUAUUCAGCUUUUUGCCAGUACCAGACAGCAUUCUCUGCUGGACCAGAUUGCUGCUGUUUUAGGGGUGAGGGUUAAGAAUUCACUCAUUUUUUCAGCUUUUUAAAGUCUCUCCUUCAGUUCACUCCAUGCAGCAGCAGCUGAGUGCUUGCAGUUCUGCAGGUGGGAUCCUCAGGGCUGGCCCAAGGGGAAGCAAACACAAAUCGAACCCAUGAUGAGACUUUGCUGCCCUUUGUAAGGGAAAUACCCUGCAACCAAUCAAUGCCACUGGAAACUCUGAUUAGUUAAGGACUGCAGUACCCCUCUCUGAGGGGGGUUUGUCUUAUCUGCCUGUGUUUCUCUUAUCUGCCCACCUUCUGUCACACUUUUAUGUUGCCUGGUACCUGUGGGUACAUGAAAUUAUCUAUUGACUUUUUGUCUUUGCUUAGUUUUGUUUGCAAUACCAUUAAGCUUUAAAAAAAAAAAAUGGUUUAACUGAGCAGGCUAAAGCAGGCUGUGGGAUGUGAUGAUCAGUCCAUGGAAGGAGUUGUUUGUGCCCCACAGAGUGCCCCAAUGUGGGGCUGUGCCUCCCCAGGGGCAGCACUUUCUAUUUCCCCUUGUUGAGCCCCACAAGGCCCAUCACCCCACGUCUCCAGCCCGCUUAGUUCCCCCUGGAUGC